CGCGAGUUGGCAGCACCGUUGCAUGAUUUCAGUGAAUUGCAUUCAGCUAACAAUCAGAAAACACAGCUGCGCAACUAGCAAAACAAGUUACAACUAUCAUUUGUAUCCAUUCCAUAAUGGAUUUUUCCACGAGCCUAACCGACAAGUUGGCCUCCAAGACUGGCAGCAGUAACUCGCUGGACAGCAGCUCCAAGUCCAGUUCGCUGGGCUCCAAGCACGGAGGCGGGGAGAACGGCGUUCUGCGAGACACGCCCUUCAGUUACCUGGACGGCGAGGAGGACCAGGACCAGAAGAACGACGUGACCUACGUGUGUCCCUACCGUGGCCCCGUGUUCGGCGCCCUUACCAUUACCAACUUCCGCCUCUACUUCCGGUCGCUUCCUCUGCGGGAUCAGGAGCCGCCAGUGGUCGUCGACGUGCCGCUGGGCGUAAUAGCGCGCGUGGAGAAGAUCGGGGGGGCCACUUCGCGGGGCGAAAACUCGUACGGCAUCGAGAUCUUCUGCAAGGACAUGCGCAACCUGCGUUUCGCCCACAAGCAGCAGAAUCACUCCCGCAGGACGGUGUUCGAGAAACUGCAGACCAAUGCCUUUCCGCUCUCGUACAGUGGUCGUCUCUUUGCCUUUGCCCAUGCGGCUGCCAACUCAGUGAAUGGAAGCGGAGGCUGGAAUGGCUGGGCGGUGUUUGAACCGCUGGCGGAGCUUCGGCGCCUGGGCGUUCCUAAUGACAUGUGGCGGGCCACCAAGCUAAACGAAUGUUACGCCAUUUGCGAUAGCUAUCCUGCCGUGUGGGCUGUGCCCAAGGCGGCAUCCGAUGACUUCUUGAGGCGCGUAGCUCAGUUUCGCUCGCGUUGUCGCCUUCCAGUGCUUUCCUGGAUGAAUCCCCGAACCCAGGCGACCAUCACGCGGUGCUCUCAGCCCCUGGUGGGGGUGGGAGGCAAGCGAAAUUCAGACGAUGAGGCCUACCUCAGCUUUAUUAUGGAGGCAAACGCUCAGUCGGACAAGCUGACCAUUAUGGACGCACGGCCCAGCGCCAAUGCAAUUGCCAACAAAGCUAAGGGCGGCGGCUACGAGUCGGAGGACGCAUACAAAAAUGUGGAAAUCAACUUCCUUGACAUUCAUAACAUCCAUGUGAUGAGGGAGAGUUUACGAAAGGUAAAGGAGGCUUGCUUUCCCACCACCGACGACUCGAAGUGGCAGACAGCUAUCGACAAUACUCUAUGGCUAAAGCACAUCCGGUGCAUUCUGGCCGGAGCAGUCAGAAUAGUGGACAAGGUGGAGACCAUGAGUACCUCCGUUGUAGUACACUGCUCAGACGGCUGGGAUCGCACGGCUCAGCUAACGGCCCUCUCCAUGCUGCUGCUCGAUCCUUACUAUCGAACUGUGCGUGGCUUUGAAGUACUCAUCGAAAAGGAAUGGCUCUCUUUUGGCCACAAGUUUCAGCAACGCGUAGGUCACGGCGACAACAAGCACUCUGAUGCGGACAGAUCACCAGUGUUCCUGCAAUUCAUCGACAGUGUGUGGCAGGUCAGCCAGCAGUUUCACAAUGCUUUUGAGUUCAACGAGCACUUCCUGAUAACAAUUGUGGAUCACUUGUAUUCGUGUCGGUUUGGCACCUUCCUUUGUAACACGGAAGCCGAGCGAGUAGCCGAAGAUCUGAAACAUAAGACAACUUCCUUGUGGACGCAUAUCAACUCUUCGCUGGAUCAGUACUUGAAUCCCCUAUUCCCCUCCUUCACGCACGGUGCCGAGCUGGUGCUGCGUCCUAUCGCCAGCGUGCGGUCCGUCCGCCUGUGGAAGGGGCUAUAUUGUCGCUGGAACCCGGGUCUAUGCGCCCCCCAGCACGGCUGCCAGCGGACCCGAGAGCUGCUCUCCAAGCAGGACCAACUGUUUAGACACGUCAACGAGCUGCGGCUCAAGUCCAACAACCGCAGCAACAACAUGCAGACAACUACGAGACUGGCCUCGCCUAUGCACUAAUAGUAUUCCUUUUUUAAUUCCCUCGACAUGAACGCAUAAUCAUAUUUUAUGUGAACUGUGGUACAACUCAAAAUGAAAAAAUGCUUUUUAGAAAGGUAGUAUAUACUAUUUCUGAAUUCUCUUUUCUAAUAGUUGCUUUUUAAAUUAUUCAAGAAGUUGAGCAGUUGCAAAUUAAAUGAAAUCGUAAUUGAAAUAAUAAAAUUAUUUAUAUUCGAAAAUCUUUGAUCAAUGAUCAAUACUGUAAACAUCACCAGCAAACUUUUUUUUUAUUUUAAUUUGGAUUGCUCAUUUUUAUUUUAAUUUCAAAAAGGCAUUAAAUCAUUCGGAACGGCAUAGAUGGGUCAAAGGGCUUGCAGUUCUGAUAAAUGAUUAAAUAAAGAAUAUUUUGACAAAAUUA